GCAAGGUGGCAGGUCACAGGCCUGCAAUGAGUCUGACCGAGAUGAGGCGUGAAUGAGCGACGGAGCGCUUACUUGACCCGGCCUUCUUCAAAGUGCCCUCCUCGGCGUGUUGCUGUCGUUGCCAUCUUACAUGGCCUGGCUAGGGAUUCCGCAGCCGGCAGAACUCUAGGCAAUGGCGGAUGAACAGCUCCUGGACAAGGUCCACAGCCUCAGUGACCUGGGGCUCGCGGUGCUGCUGUGUCUCGUUGCUCGCGAGCACUGCCUGAUCAGCACUGAACCCGACAGCGUCGACGAGCUCGCCGAGGAGUUGCGCCUGAUCGCCUCCAAGACCUUCAACCUCAACUCGGCCAUCAUCAGCUGCCACGCCCACACAACGCUUGAUGAGUUCGCGACAGGCCUGCUGGUCCCCCCAGUCCGCGCACCGCCAUCGCCCAGCAACACCCGGUCAGUCUCGCCUUACCACCCCCGCCGUGAGCAAUCCCACUCGUCGAUGGGAGGCGGAGGCCCGGCCUCUGCGUCUGGGUCCUACUUCCCGAUCAACCCGUCGCCGCGAACCGGCGUCCCAGUAAGCCCAGGCACGCCGUCUAUCGGCGCCAGCGGGAGCAGCUCACAGACGUCUCAACCGCGGAUUGCCAAUGUCAUCCUGGCCAAGGAUCUCAACCGCGCUCCCCGCGCCGUUCAGAUCCAAGCGCUUGAGCUCCUCCGCACCCGGCGCAUCUUCACCCGGACCAGCGUGCAGACGGCGCCGAAGCAGUUCCUCUUCAUCGCGCUCGUCGGCGCCCCCAGCAGCGGCCAGGCGCGCGUGACACCGCACCUGAACGACUUCCUCUACCUUUCCCACUGGCACGAUCCAGACGAGGACGGUUUCCCCUAUCUCGACGAGGAACUGGGCCGGCAGAAUCCCGACGACGAGCUCGAUGACGACGGCGCAUCCACAACCUCCAGCACCAGCGUGGUGAAAGUGAAGCGGCACUCUUCUCUCGGGACCGGCCUCGGCCUGACAACCGCCGAGCCGAGCUGGCCCACGCGCAACAACAGCAAUAACAACAACAAUAACGCCAACAGCAACACCGUAAACAACAGUACCAGCAGCAGCAGCACCAGCACCAACAUGCCCACCCCAUCCCAACCGCAUCAUCCCACCCCGCCCGCACCUGCACCCGCCUUCCCCUCCCUCACAGAGGCCGACAUCUCCCACCUCUCCCAGCUAUCCCAAACAGCUUACACCUCAAUCGACGUGCUCCGCUACCAAGCCAACAUCAUCACCUUCCUGCGCCUGCACCGCGCCGUCGACGCAGCGGGCAACGGCAGCGGCAGCGGUGUCACGCCGACCGCGACGCGGCACCUGGCGUCGCUCAGCCGCGCGCUCGCGGCCCUGCACGGGCUCGCCUACGUCACGCCCGCGCUGGUCGCGCUGGCCGCGCGCAAGGUGUACCCGCACCGCCUGCGCGUUGUGGACAGCCCCGCGCGCGAGCGCAGCGCGCAGUGGGGCAGCGAGCCCGUCGCGCUGGCGGCGCUGCUGGAGGGCGUCGGGCCGGAGCAGGUUGUUGAGGACGUCCUUGGGAUGGUUGCCGUGCCGGGGUAAUUUUUCUCUUUUCUUGCAGGUUUACGGGUCAGUCUUAACUUGGGUUGUUCCGAAUUUGGAGUGGGGGGAGGAGGGGUUGGGUAUGGGAUGGAUAGGUGAAUUAGAUAUUGAGUUUAAAGGAAUAACGGUUGGAAAAAAAAGAAGGGUUGAAUACUACGCCGAAUUGGGAAUGAAAUAAACAUUGGCACGGGUAGAUGAGAGCCCGUUUAAGGCAUCGAUAGGCAUGUGCUGCCCUUGAUGGUAGCCCGGGGUUCAUGAAACAAACAGUACCAAGGGGCCACCUUGGUACUAGGCAACCGGGUGUCCUGUACGU